AUGCUUCGUGUAUCCGUGGCUCUGCCGAGUGGAAAGGAGGUCGCCCUCGAAGUGCCGGAAUCCUCCAAGGUUGGAGAGUUGAAGGUUCUGGCCCAGAACUCCUUGGGAAGUUUCCUGAGACUUGUGACAGGAGACGGGCGUGUCUUGAGAGAUCCCGAGGACUCCCUGGAAGCUGCGGGACUUCGAGAAGGAGACCAUCUUGUGGCCAUCGCGCAGCAACCGACACUCACAGCGGGAAGAGACGCCUUUGCCCUUUGGUGUCACGGAGGCGACAGGAUCGUCACCUGGGGAAACCCAAGCGUCUGUGGCGACCGCUUCGCGAUCAAGGGCCAGCUUGCAGGUGUCCAGCAGGUUCACGCCAAAUCGCAAGCGUUCGCAGCGAUCUUGGGGGAUGGAUCGGUUGCUACCUGGGGAAAAGAAGAUGCGGGUGGUGACAGCUCUAAAGUUCGCGAUCGGCUCAGGGGUGUGCAGCAACUGCAGGCGACCUUCACGGCCUUCGCUGCCAUCCUGCAGGAUGGGUCGGUGGUGACUUGGGGCGAUCCAGCCGGUGGCGGAAACAGCUCUGCGGUCCAAGGCCAGCUCCGAAACGUGCGCCAGCUGCAGGGGACCAACUCGGCUUUUGCCGCCGUCCUGGAGGAUGGGUCUGUUGUGACCUGGGGCAGAACCCAUGGUGGGGACAGCUCGGCAGUCCAAGCUCAGCUGAAGAAUGUGCGCGAACUUCGCUCCACGGGCUUCGCCUUUGCAGCGGUUCUGGCGGAUGGAUCGGUAGUUACAUGGGGUGAGGCGGGUGAUGGAGGUGACAGCUCCAGCGUACCUGGGCUGAGGAAUGUACGGCAGGUCCGGGCCACAAACCAUGCAUUUGCUGCUAUCCUGGAAGACAGAUCGGUUGUUGUAUGGGGCGGCCGAGACUAUGGUGGCAGUUUUGGUGACAUCUCUGUCCAAGAUCGUCUCAGAAGUGUGCAGGAAAUUCAAGGCACAGUUGGGGCCUUUGCCGCGAUUCUGGAAGACAAAUCCGUUGUGACAUGGGGUAAUCCAAACCUCGGGGGUGACAGCUCCACAGUGCAAGAUCAAUUGCAAAACGUGCGCCAGAUCAGAGGAACAGCUUCGGCCUUUGCCGCACUCUUGGAGAAUGGGUCGGUGGUGACUUGGGGCAACCCUGUUGAUGGUGGCGACAGCUCCAGCGUCCGAGACCGACUCAGGAACGUGCAGAAGAUCGAGGCAACCUCUGCAGCUUUUGCCGCGAUCCUGGAGGAUGGCUCACUUGUGACAUGGGGCAAGCCUCGUAUGGGGGGUGACAGCUCGGGAGUCCAAGAGCACCUGCACUUCCUUUAG